AUGGCAGCGCAAAAGAACGGCGGCUCAAGGUCUGCGCAAAGCAGCCGAGCAAACACCUUUUCCAUCGUCGCGGUUCUUAUCGCCCUCUUCUCAGCCAUUGUUUACUUUAUGGAACAAAAUCUUCAAAGUUUCUACGUUUUCGACACACAACAACUGCACGACCUUUCGAAAAGAGCCAUCGCAACCCACGGGAACGACACUAGGGCUGUUGUUGCACAGAUUGUUGGCGAGCUCAGCCAAGGCCCUGCUGGCGAAUACGUGAACCUGGAUGAAGAAUGGGUUUUUAACAACGCCGGCGGUGCAAUGGGUGCCAUGUACAUCAUUCACGCCAGUAUUACUGAGUAUUUGAUCAUCUUCGGUAAGACCCUCCUCGAUCAUCGACCUCGAAUUCUAUCAAAGACUAACCAAUUUACAGGCACCGCCAUUGGCACCGAAGGACACACUGGUCGCCACACCGCAGAUGAUUACUUCCACAUUCUCAAGGGUACCCAAACCGCCUAUUCGCCUGCCGCUGGCCACUACGAGCCCGAAGUCUACCCCCAAGGCAGUGUGCACCACUUGCGCCGCGGCGAGGUCAAGCAGUACAAGAUGGACGAUGCUUGCUUUGCUCUCGAGUAUGCUCGUGGUUGGAUCCCGCCCAUGCUUGGGUUCGGUUUCGCCGAUGGCCUCACAAGCACCCUUGAUUUCCCUACGUUGUGGCACACCACCAGGAUCACUGGCAGAGAGAUGUUGUCAAAUAUGGCUAAGGGAAAGCUUUAA